CUGCGUACUAUCUCACUCACACUGACUCCAAGCUAUCAUUGUACGAAUUGAUGAUAAUGAUGCCUCAGUGGUGUGAGCUAAGCGAAGAGUUCAACACGAGUUAUACUGUCCUCACACCACAGGCCACCAUAAUCUUCUGCAUGGGCGUCACGGUGAUGUUGACCAUGUGCUGGUACAGUAUCCAAGAGGAUGACAUCGAUGUCAUGACCUCAGAGGCUUCUGAGAUAGAUCAGUACGUCAAGACUGACCUCGCACCAGAGGAUAAUCUCAAAGAGGAUGCACUGUUGGAGAGUGCCAAAUCGCUCAUGGAUCUUGUUGAUCUCGAGUACCAGCACUGUGCCGCCACCAUAGCUUCCAACAAUGAGACCCCUGGCAAGAAAGUUGGUGGGGAAGCUGAAUGGGCAACAGGAGAAACCAGCUCUGAAGACGAGGACGCCACCCGUGAAAUAACUGGAGCACAAAUUAGGAACUAUCCAAAGGACACAGAGGAGGAACAAAUUUUAAAAUUUCUUGAUCAAUAAUCCCCUAACUAUCUGGGAACCAUUUUGGCUAAUUAAGAGUGAACACGAACAUUUAAAUGAUUUACAUGAAUAAUCUAAAAAUUAGUGGGAUUGAUUUGUAGAGAUUUGAUUCCACAGUAUAC